CGCACGUGACCCUCGCUCAUGGCGGCGGCGGCGGCGGCGGAGCUGGCAGCGCGCGGCGGCCGGAGCCGGAUCCUGUAGCCGGGGUGUGGGCCCGCGUCAGUCCGUCCCUCCCUCAGCCCCCUCGCGCGUCUUCCGGAGUGCGGCUGGCGGAGCCGGGAUGGCGGAGCGAGGCGCGGAGCCCGCGCCGGCCGCGCUGGCGGCUCUGCCCCCCGAAGUGCGGGCGCAGCUGGCGGAGCUGGAGCUGGAGCUCUCGGAGGGGGACAUCACACAGAAGGGAUAUGAAAAGAAAAGGUCAAAACUUCUGUCUCCUUACAUCCCACAGACACAAGAAACUGAUUCAGCAGCACAGAAAGAACAUAGAAACCAGACACCUGCUCCAUCUGCAGCUCAAACUUCCGCUCCUUCCAAGUACCACCGAUCUCGAUCUGGGGGAGCCAGGGAUGAGCGAUAUCGAUCAGAUAUUCACACAGAAGCGGUUCAGGCUGCACUGGCAAAGCAUAAAGAACAAAAAAUGGCUUUGCCCAUGCCUACCAAAAGGCGCUCCACAUUCGUCCAGUCUCCUGCCGAUGCCUGCACGCCUCCUGACACGUCUUCGGCCUCCGAGGAUGAGGGCUCUCUGAGACGCCAAGCUGCGCUCUCUGCUGCCUUACAGAGCUUACAGAAUGCAGAGUCCUGGAUCAACCGUUCCAUUCAGGGAUCGUCCACUUCUUCAUCUGCAUCUUCUACGCUGUCCCAUGGAGAGGUCAAAGGAACCAGUGGGUCUCUAGCUGAUGUAUUUGCCAAUACUCGAAUAGAGAAUUUUUCUGCUCCCCCUGAUGUCACUACAACUACCUCUUCAUCAUCAUCAUCUUCCUCAGUACGCCCAGCAAAUAUUGAUCUGCCCCCCUCCGGGAUAGUUAAAGGCAUGCACAAAGGAUCCAACAGGUCCAGCCUUAUGGAUACAGCUGAUGGUGUUCCUGUCAGUAGCAGAGUAUCCACAAAAAUCCAACAACUUCUCAACACUCUGAAACGACCCAAAAGGCCUCCCUUAAAAGAAUUUUUUGUGGAUGACUCUGAAGAAAUUGUGGAAGGUAUACCUCAGCCAGACCCUAACCAGCCCAAGCCUGAGGGGCGGCAAAUGACCCCUGUGAAGGGAGAGCCCCUAGGAGUUAUCUGCAAUUGGCCUCCCGCGCUGGAGUCUGCCCUGCAGCGCUGGGGCACCACGCAAGCCAAGUGCCCCUGCCUGACCGCACUGGACGUGACAGGGAAGCCAGUCUACACGCUCACCUACGGAAAGUUGUGGAGCAGAAGUUUAAAGUUGGCCUAUACACUGCUUAAUAAACUGGGGACCAAAAAUGAACCUGUGUUAAAACCUGCAGACAGGGUAGCCCUGGUUUACCCCAACAAUGAUCCAGUCAUGUUUAUGGUGGCUUUUUAUGGAUGUCUCCUGGCUGAAGUGAUUCCAGUGCCUAUAGAGGUACCUCUUACCAGAAAGGAUGCUGGAGGGCAGCAGAUUGGCUUCUUGCUAGGAAGCUGUGGUAUCGCUUUAGCUCUUACCAGUGAAGUCUGUCUAAAGGGGCUGCCAAAAACACAGAAUGGAGAGAUCGUACAGUUUAAAGGUUGGCCCCGGCUCAAAUGGGUUGUAACAGAUUCCAAGUACCUUUCAAAGCCUCCUAAGGACUGGCAGCCCCACAUCUCACCUGCCGGCAGCGAGCCAGCGUACAUCGAGUAUAAAACAAGCAAAGAAGGGAGUGUAAUGGGAGUGACGGUGUCCCGCCUGGCGAUGCUGUCUCACUGCCAAGCCCUGUCCCAGGCCUGCAAUUAUUCUGAAGGAGAAACAGUAGUAAAUGUUUUAGACUUUAAGAAGGAUGCUGGGCUGUGGCAUGGCAUGUUUGCGAAUGUAAUGAAUAAGAUGCAUACAAUUAGUGUACCCUACUCUGUUAUGAAGACUUGCCCUCUCUCGUGGGUCCAGAGAGUACAUGCCCACAAAGCCAAGGUAGCUUUAGUAAAAUGUCGAGACUUGCACUGGGCUAUGAUGGCACAUCGGGACCAACGAGAUGUGAGCUUGAGUUCCCUCCGGAUGUUAAUUGUGACCGAUGGAGCAAAUCCCUGGUCUGUGUCGUCCUGCGAUGCCUUCCUGAGUCUGUUCCAGAGUCACGGCCUGAAACCUGAGGCCAUCUGUCCGUGCGCUACUUCUGCUGAAGCCAUGACUGUCGCAAUCCGCAGGCCUGGAGUUCCAGGGGCCCCUUUGCCGGGAAGAGCCAUUCUCUCAAUGAAUGGAUUGAGCUAUGGGGUAAUACGGGUCAAUACUGAAGAUAAAAAUUCAGCACUAACAGUCCAGGAUGUGGGGCAUGUCAUGCCUGGUGGGAUGAUGUGCAUCGUGAGACCUGAUGGACCUCCCCAGCUCUGCAGAACGGACGAAAUCGGAGAGAUCUGUGUCAGCUCCAGAACAGGCGGCAUGAUGUACUUUGGGCUUGCUGGUGUGACCAAAAAUACCUUUGAGGUAAUUCCAGUGAAUUCUGCAGGCUCUCCUGUUGGGGAUGUGCCAUUUAUCCGGUCAGGAUUGCUGGGGUUUGUAGGGCCCGGCAGCUUGGUGUUUGUGGUUGGAAAAAUGGACGGAUUACUCAUGGUUAGUGGUCGCAGACAUAAUGCUGAUGACAUUGUUGCUACAGGAUUGGCUGUGGAAUCAAUAAAGACUGUUUAUAGAGGAAGAAUUGCUGUGUUUUCUGUGUCUGUGUUUUAUGAUGAGCGCAUUGUCGUGGUUGCGGAACAAAGACCCGAUGCUUCCGAGGAAGACAGUUUCCAGUGGAUGAGCCGCGUGUUGCAGGCAAUCGAUAGCAUUCAUCAAGUGGGGGUUUAUUGUCUUGCUCUGGUGCCUGCCAAUACAUUGCCAAAAACUCCACUAGGAGGAAUUCAUCUCUCUCAAACAAAACAGCUCUUCCUGGAAGGAUCUCUACAUCCGUGCAAUAUCCUCAUGUGCCCACAUACAUGCGUGACCAAUUUGCCAAAACCCCGGCAAAAGCAACCAGGUGUAGGCCCUGCUUCUGUGAUGGUUGGGAAUCUGGUUGCUGGAAAACGCAUAGCACAAGCUGCAGGAAGGGAUCUCGGGCAAAUUGAAGAGAAUGAUUUAGUGAGGAAGCACCAAUUUCUGGCAGAGAUAUUACAGUGGCGAGCCCAGGCAACCCCUGACCAUGUACUCUUCAUGCUGUUAAAUGCAAAGGGCACGACUGUGUGCACAGCCAGCUGCCUCCAGCUUCACAAGCGAGCAGAGAGGAUUGCAUCAGUUCUUGGUGAUAAGGGGCAUCUAAAUGCAGGCGACAAUGUGGUGUUGCUCUAUCCACCUGGCAUCGAGCUAAUCGCUGCAUUCUACGGCUGCCUGUAUGCGGGGUGCAUUCCUGUGACUGUCCGGCCUCCUCAUGCUCAAAACCUUACUGCCACAUUGCCCACAGUCCGCAUGAUUGUUGAUGUCAGCAAAGCCGCCUGCAUUCUCACCACGCAGAUGCUAAUGAGGUUACUGAAGUCCCGAGAGGCAGCUGCAUCUGUGGAUGUGAAAACCUGGCCAACCAUCAUUGACACAGAUGAUUUACCCAGGAAGAAGCUGCCUCAGUUGUAUAAACCACCCACUCCUGAGAUGUUGGCGUAUCUUGAUUUUAGUGUCUCUACAACGGGCAUGCUGACAGGAGUGAAGAUGUCCCACUCGGCAGUCAAUGCUCUCUGUAGAGCCAUCAAGCUCCAGUGUGAAUUGUAUUCUUCUCGGCAGAUCGCCAUCUGCCUUGACCCUUACUGUGGACUUGGCUUUGCACUCUGGUGUCUCUGCAGUGUCUAUUCGGGACACCAGUCCAUCUUAAUUCCUCCUAUGGAGUUAGAAAACAACCUUUUCCUCUGGCUAGCCACUGUCAACCAGUACAAGAUAAGGGACACGUUCUGCUCCUACUCAGUAAUGGAGCUCUGCACCAAGGGGCUUGGAAACCAGGUGGAGGUGCUGAAGACCAGAGGGAUCAACCUCUCCUGCAUCCGGACGUGUGUGGUGGUGGCCGAGGAGCGGCCCCGUAUCGCCCUCCAGCAGUCCUUCUCCAAGCUCUUCAAAGACAUCGGUCUGUCCCCUCGAGCUGUCAGCACCACUUUUGGAUCAAGAGUCAAUGUAGCAAUAUGUUUACAGGGAACCUCAGGGCCCGAUCCAACUACUGUGUAUGUAGAUCUGAAGUCAUUAAGACAUGACAGGGUUCGUCUCGUGGAGCGGGGAGCCCCCCAGAGCUUGCUCCUCUCAGAGUCUGGAAAGAUUUUACCUGGAGUGAAGGUGGUUAUUGUUAAUCCCGAGACCAAAGGGCCCGUCGGAGACUCUCACCUGGGAGAGAUCUGGGUGAACAGUCCCCACACCGCCAGUGGCUAUUACACCAUCUACGACAGCGAGACCCUUCAAGCUGAUCAUUUCAACACUCGCCUCAGCUUCGGGGACGCUGCUCAGACACUGUGGGCCCGGACAGGUUACCUGGGCUUUGUCCGCCGAACUGAGCUCACAGCGGCCACUGGAGAUCGUCAUGACGCGUUAUACGUGGUGGGAGCUCUGGAUGAAACGCUGGAGCUGAGGGGAUUACGAUACCACCCAAUCGACAUUGAGACCUCAGUGUCUCGGGUCCACAGGAGCAUUGCUGAAUGUGCCGUCUUCACGUGGACCAACCUGCUGGUGGUGGUGGUGGAACUGUGUGGCUCUGAACAGGAAGCUCUAGAUCUGGUUCCUUUGGUGACAAACGUGGUUCUGGAGGAGCAUUACCUCAUCGUUGGCGUCGUGGUUGUGGUGGACCCAGGCGUCAUCCCCAUCAACUCCCGAGGAGAGAAGCAGAGGAUGCACCUCCGUGACAGCUUCCUCGCCGACCAGUUAGACCCCAUCUACGUGGCUUAUAACAUGUAACAGCCUGUGGAGAUGAUCGGGGCCAUCCGGAAACCACAAGCACCAGAGACCGGUGACUUAGGAGCAAGCUUUCAGAUCGUGUAAAAUAAGCUGAGGUGGCUACAUUAUAUCCUUCAUCUCAUCCUGUGGGACUCUGCAAUCACACAGCACACAGAAAAGGGGAAUUCUGUGGUGGCAAAUGAAAAAAAUGUUAACAGUCAUGAGCUUUGACAUAGCGUGAGCAGCACGUUACUAAAGCAAUUACAUGCAUGUUGCAUAUUUUUCAUCGGUUGUAUAUACUUGUAUUUUUAUCUAAUGCCAUUUUAGAAUUUUGUAAGGGAGUUUAAUGAAUUCACAAAAGGGGGUAGUCUGAGGUACCCGGUUCCCCGCCCUGUACUGUAUCUUGCCUUUUACCAGCUAGACAUCCUGCGGGUUUUGUUAACAUGGAACUACUCAUCUUCGGUUGGCUCAUAAGCAAAUUGGAUAACUCGCUGAAUAUGAAAAUUAUAUAUGUAUAGUUCUUGACUGUAAAACAUUUUGACCAUUGUUUUGAACAUGUAAAUAAGAAUAUACAUAAUUUAGCUUCAAAAAAAUGAAGAUUGGCUUGUCUAGUUACAACCACCAAAGUAGAAACAUUUCUACUUUGAGAGAAUUUCUUAAUGUGGUGUAGUUGAAUAGGUAACUAAAAAAUGCAAAUUGUUUGCAGAUUUCGCUGCACAUCAUACUAUGUCUCUAUUGGCUGGUGUAUUUUAUAAACUAAAGCUGUCUAUGUUUGUUUUUAAAGUUUGCAUUCCCAGAAUCAGCUUUAUUUAAGCUUUUAAGAAUUCAACCUGUUUCUACAAGCUGAAAAAUCUGUUUAAAAAUCAAAAUGUUAUGCAAAAGCUCAGAUUCAUUAGCUCCCACCCCUAUUCCAAGGAACCACAAUUACUCACUUUGGCCCCCAGUGUUGAAACUGUGUUUCAAGUUAAGAGUGACUACACGAGAAUUUAGAAUUUCCUCUUUUUUCCAGGUUCAGUGUAAACUGUGACUACAGUUUGUACAUAUAGCUUCUCUUUUCUGAAAACUGAAGUGCCCUCUGACCUUCCAGUUCAUGAGGGCCAAGAUUUUAAGAACAAGAACGAUAGGCUGGGAAGACAGUGGGACCAAAGUCCCGUGAAACCAUAAGGCCACCUAACUGUACAUCUCAAAACUCACCAAUUUGACUUGCCAAAAUAGCCAGACUUAUGCUGAAACAGGGGACGUGCGAUGUAUGCAAGAAACUCUUUUGAAAUAACUGUGGUGCUCAGGCCAAGCAAGACUGAGCUUGGGACUGAGGGUGGCCUCCAGCUCAGUUUCUUCCUUUGGUCUGAUACUUCAUGUAUUUGAAUAUAGUUGAAUUUAUUUUUUUCUUACAGAAAUAUUUUUAAAAAUUAAAAAAAAAUCAAAGUGAACAGAGUUAACAUGUUAAAUCAGAAUGGUUCUCUUUGACCCACUCUGUCUAUUGUGUAAAUAUUUAUUUAGACUAUUUUAAUAAUACAUAUUAUUUACCCCACUGUAACAUCAUGUAAACUAAAUAUGUUUUUAAACAGUUUUUAAGACUUGUAAGUACCCUGAAAAUAAGGUUUGUAAUGCAAAGGCCGGACCCUUCUCUGUGGCAGCGUUGUUGGAGGCUGCCUUCCAGUCUGUGACUCAAAGCCACCUUAUGACUCCCUUUUACAUAACCCCCUUCCCCCGACCCGUUCUCCACAGAAGGCAGACCUCAAGACGUUUUCCAGUUCCAGAUCUCUUUUCCAGCAUUUGGGGUGACAUUAAUUUAUACGUGGUGGGAGAGGUUCUAGGAUGCACAGGGGAGAAAGCACUUACAUUGGGGCAAGAAUCCCAGCGACUAGCAACGGUUUGUUUUGCAGAGAAAACAGCCUUCUUUUUUGGAAAGUAAUUUCCUGAAAACAGUUCUUACUGAUUCACUAAACAAAAACAAGGGACCCUGAGAAGUAAAUAGUAAGUUCUAAGGAAAUAAUAUAGGCAGAGUCUAUUCUGUGGGUUGUAUUAUUCUUUACUGCACAAGUUAAUGUGUCUGCUAGAAGUAUCAUGUGAGCCACAUCUGUCAUUUUAGAUUUUCUAGUAACCACAUUUUAAGAACUAAGAAAGAAACAUGUGAAAUGGUUUUAAAAUGUUUUAUUUAACCCAAUAUAUAAAAAAAAUACCAUGCAUUGUGAAAUCAAUAUAGAAAAAGUACUGAAAUGUUUUACUUUUUUUCUCCUAUUAAGUCUUUGAAAUCCAAUAUUGUUAAGCACAUCUCUGUUCAGACUAACCAUAUUUCAAGUUUUCAGUAGCCACAUGUGGGGAAUGGCUAUGGUGUUGGAUAGUGCAGAGCUAUACUCAUUCCUUCAAAAAAAGAUAAUCUAUUAAUCUCAAAAUGUGGCCAAUUCCCAGUUACUUAGGGGCCAGUUAGCUAGUUUUAUAGUUCCUAGAGUUUCUGAUUCAUCUUUAGUUUUUGCUUUCUGCCUUGUGGCUGCUUUAUUGAUCUUCUGCAUAUCCCUCAAAAGCCAGAAUUCGUCUGUGGAGGAGAGAAAGCUGAGCUGUGUCUCUGGGAGCUCCAUCAGUAGCUCUGGUCCAGUAUCUCUGGAAGGGGAAGAGAGUCCAGCCAUGAGCUUGGAGAUGUUUGUGCUCCGUCUGUUGCAGACUUGGAUAAGAAAACUUUCCUUCGAUGACACAGUGCUCUUGCUCUUUCCACAUUAGACAGACCCAAAAGAUCAUUGUUGGUAGAAAGAGCCUUGCCAAACUCCGAACUACAUUGUCUGGGUUUUUAUGCCUGUGAAAAAAAACACCAAAUAGCAACCCCCCUUUCAUCUAAGAGAGAUCUCAUCUGAAAGCUUUUAGAGCCUGUUUCUGCUCCUCAGCAGGAGUAAUUGAGGUAGAUCAGAGAAAGGGCUGCCUCCAGAAAAACACGAGGUCCUACGAAUUCUUAGAGCUACAGGAAUGCCAUCUCCUGCAUCGGUGAGCCCCUGGGGAAGACCAGCAUGCUAAUGGGCACCAGGGAGCCCAGUCUUCACUUUUCCUCAUUAAGGGCCUGUUACCCCAGUACCAUGUCCUUUCCUUAGGAAGCUGUGCUGCCUCAGGCUGUUCGGGACCAUUGCCUAUUUACAGGUCAUGUGAGUGUGCUUCCUUUAGUCCCUGGGCAAUGCUUGCUUAAUGCUUUUGUUGAAUCAACAAAGGGCCUGAGGCCUUAGGUUUUUUAUUAAGGCCUCUGCCCCAGGCAUGGUGCUCAAUAUCUUGGCCAAAUAAGUUACUUUCUUAAAUAUGCAGGAAUCUUUUAGACUAAAGCUAAUGAGGAGUUACCACCUCACCCUCAAACUCCAUGAUCUAUGCCUUAGUGUUGUUUUGUUGUAAAGCAAGAGUAUUUGGAGCAAGAAGCUGCAGGACUCCAAGUACACAAUAGGCCUUUUCAUUAUCAUUCAUACAUUUCUGCUUUAGGUAUAUGUACAUGGCCAUGCUGUUUGUCCCGAGGAAGAGAGUGUAAAGAUAUAAGAAUACUUUUUUAGUCCUAAAUGCUGUUUUGUUUACUUUCUGUCAAGAUAUUUACCAGUGUCAAAUUCAAACUAUAGUACUGUGUAAUUAUGUAUAAAGUUUUUUUAUUUAUUUGAAAUUAGACUAGAUAUACAUUUUUAAAUUUAACAUCUGGCUGGACAGUGUUCUAUUAACUCAUUGAAUGUGUUUCCUUUGUCUUGUGUUAAUAAAUAUUGAUACCUGA